AUGCCAACAUAUCUCUGCCACGGCUUCCGCUGGCAUCGGAAGAGCAUUCGUGUAUACAUAAUCGUCCAAAAUCUUGACGACGCCUCACCGGAGUGGAUUAUCCCAGCUAAGUCAUCGCGAUGUAUCCUUGAAUCUUUCUACGAGCUCUUCGACUUCCUGCCGUACUGCAAACAAACGUCUCCAUCACGAGUUCAGCUUCAGCAGGAGACAGCGAUCACACCAGCCUGGGAUACGGACAGCGACUGUGACGGGCGUACCCUCGUCAACACCGAAGCCUGCAGUGUUGCGUCACGGUAUUGCAAUCGAGGCCGUUCACGAUCUCGAUCUCGCUCGCAUAGUCGAAGCACAUAUCGCCAUGGCCGAGGUGUCAGCCGUGCUCAUUACCCUCAAGAACCUGUACCUCCGCUACCUACCCAGAACCCUUCCCUUCCCUCUGGAUGUAGCCCCGAACCUGGAACUCCUGAAUCGAAUUGCGAUAUCUCCGGGGAAAGUCCUACAGACAGUGAUGGGAACGAUGAGCAAGAUGACUUCGCCACACAGUCCUGGUCGGCUGUUAAGCUGCUGGAAGAGUAUGACCCUCGCGACCUGAGUUGUGUUUCCAGGCCGUGGGCAUAUGUCGCGGACUAUGUCGUGAGAAUUGAUACUUCCUGCUCUCUUGCCGAGGAAAUUGCUAAAUAUGAGAGAGAAUAUCGACACAAGAAUGGGUGGAUUGAGGAUUUGAGGGAUGAAUUACAGAGGGGCGAACAGGUACAAUGGUUUGUUGUGGUGAAUGGUGAUGAGGAGAGGGGCUGGAAGAGCUCCGGGAGAGGAUGCGAAACUGAAAGAAACGGGGGAACUCCAGGGGCAGACUGCGAGGAAAUCUGCCAAAAGUUGAAAAACGAGUGUCAACCCGAAAACUGGAGAUAUAAGUUAAGGUGUCUGGAUGGCUACCAGCAGGCCUACAGAUCGACGGCAUCAAAAGCUCAGAGGCAUCACCAUGCACAGUAUCUGCUGCAGCAAGAGAUCUUCGAGAGUGAGGAGCGCAGGCUACAACACGAGCAACAUCAAGCGCAGUAUCAGCAGCAAGUGCAGCAGUUGCAUGAGAAAUGUUUGCAAGGGAAACUCCGACAAUAUCAACACCAACGGCAGCACACGCAUCAAUGCUAUCAAUCACAACCACAACAUCGGUGUUGUAACCAUAACCAACAUCAACCUUGCCACGAGAAGCAGCAUUCAUGCAGCAGCAAUCAUCAACGCGGCCCCUCUGUUCCUGGACCACCAGCUCGUGCUCCUCCUCCAGUUCCCCAAGCCGAAGACAGGCCACCAACACCCCCUCCUCGGGCAUCGUCCCGCGCCCAAACACCAUACAAAUCACAACAGCAGCAGCAGCUACAACAGCCCCAACAACCAUCCCACAAUCGCACCUCAAGCAAACCCAAAAUCCCCGACAAAAAUUACCUCCCCCCUCUUCCCAUUCCUGUCCCUCCCAUCCCAGCAAACAUCAACAACAACGCCGCAAACGUCAGCAUCAACGGGAAGAACGAGACAUACCCAAUAAGGCUACGCCACAAGAUGUCGUUUGACACGCCGAGGACUGUGGUUGUUUCAGGAGGAAUGAAGGAGGAGGACAUUGCCAGGCCAAAGACUCCGGGGAGUUCUAGUAUGAACGGGAGGAGCUUGAGGGCGCAUGGGAGUGUGAGCGGUGCGGGAGGAGGGUUGAAGAAGUUCUUUUCUAGGGAAGGGGCGAAGGUUGGGGAUGUGACGGUGGGGUGA